GAACCAUUUGAAUAUUGGCGCACAAAUCAACAUUAAUUGUCUGGCGGAUGGAUCCAGCUCAAGAACCUAACUCAGGGAUACAUACAAAUAAUGUCCAGGGAGCACUUCGACAGCUUGAUUUGUUGGUCGAAAAGGCGGAGCUCUAUGCUCAGGUGAAACUUAUUGGUUCUGGAACAAAAGAUCUGUCUAGUCCAUCAAGAAUUAAACAAGAGCAGCCCAUUAGUUCUCCUACUUCCUACUCUUUUGGAGACCAUCGACAUCGUCGUACUGAAAAAGAAGAAGAUGAAGAACUAUUGACCGAAACUAAGCAUAGUUCAUCUGGUAUUCAGCGUUUCGAAGCUUCUCCGUGGUACGUAAAGGGAGGAGAGAUGCGUGACUAUCAAAUCCGUGGUCUAAAUUGGAUGAUUCAGCUCCAUCAUAGUAGUAUCAAUGGAAUUCUAGCCGAUGAGAUGGGAUUAGGGAAAACUUUACAAACAAUAUCAUUACUUGGUUAUAUAAAACACUGUCGACACAAACAUGGGCCACAUAUGGUAAUUGUGCCUAAAUCUACGCUUUCCAACUGGAUGAAUGAAUUUGCUCGUUGGGUUCCUUCUUUGCGCACAGUUUCAUUAAUUGGAAACCAUGAAGAAAGGAGUCAAAAAAUACAAGAGGAGAUCUUGAAAAAGGAAUGGGAUGUUAUUGUCACAAGUUACGAAAUGUGUAUUAAAGAGAAGGCGGUCCUGAAAAAAUUUCACUUUAUAUAUUUAAUAAUAGAUGAAGCCCACCGAAUUAAAAAUGAAAAGUCGAAAUUGUCAGAAAUUGUCCGGGAUUUUCGCUCUCAAAACCGUCUCUUGAUUACCGGUACACCUUUGCAAAAUAAUUUACAUGAAUUAUGGGCUUUAUUAAAUUUCCUAAUGCCGGAUUUGUUUUCUUCAUCUGAAAUGUUUGAUGAUAUGUUCAAAACGGGUAAUGAUCAAGAAGAGAGUUUAGUUCAACGUCUACAUGCAGUUUUAAAACCAUUUUUGUUAAGACGAAUUAAAGCUGAUGUGGAGAAACGUUUACCACCAAAAAAGGAGUGCAAGAUUUAUAUUGGUCUUAGUAAAAUGCAACGUGAUUUGUACACCAAGAUUUUAAUGAAAGAUAUUGAUGUGGUGAACUCUGUAGGGAAUAAAGUGGAUCGUCUUCGCCUACUAAAUAUUCUCAUGCAACUUCGUAAAUGCUGUAACCAUCCUUAUUUAUUCGAUGGACUAGAGCCAGGCCCUCCGUAUACAACGGAUCGUCAUCUUGUUGAUAAUUGUGGAAAGCUGAUGUUACUGGAUAAACUGUUGCCGAAACUUAAAGAACAAGGAUCACGAGUCCUUUUAUUUUGUCAAAUGACGCGAAUGAUGGACAUUCUUGAAGACUAUUGUUUGUGGCGCGGCCAUGAGUACUUUAGACUAGACGGAUCCACACCUCAUGAAGAACGCCAGAUUUCAAUUGAUGAAUACAAUCGUCCAGGUUCCACCAAGUUUCUUUUCAUGCUUUCUACAAGGGCUGGUGGUUUGGGUAUCAAUUUGGCCACAGCCGACGUAGUUAUCAUCUAUGACUCAGACUGGAAUCCUCAAGUUGACCUUCAGGCCAUGGAUAGAGCACAUCGUAUCGGACAAACCAAAACUGUACGCGUUUUUCGACUAAUUACAGAACAUACAGUUGAGGAACGUAUUAUUAUGCGUGCUGAGAUGAAGCUCAAAUUGGAUAACUUGGUUAUUCAACAAGGUCGUCUUGUUGAGCAAAAAUCAAACCAACUUCAAAAGGGUGAUGUUUUAGAUAUGAUCAGACAUGGUGCCAAUUACAUUUUCCGUAGCAAAGAUAGUGAUUUCAAAGACGAGGAUAUUGAUAUUAUCUUAGCUCGAGGUGAACAAAAGACUGCUGAAAUGAAUGAAAAACUGGCUCAAUUGGGAGAAUCUAAUUUAAGGUCUUUAAAAUUCGAUACGGCAGAUGAAAAUGGUGCACCAACAUCAGCAUAUAUAUUCGAGGGGGAAGAUUAUCGAGAAAAACAAUGUCGCACUUCCUUAUUAGAUGUAUGCGAUUUUAAUGGUAUAGUUUAGAUGAAUUCAGAGAAAUUUAUUUUUACUGUUUUCUCUUUGUAACUGUCAUUCGAGUCGUUUGUAUUUACUGAUGAUGUGUAUUUGUAAAUCAUUACUGUUCACCAUUUGUGGUUUGUGUAUUCUAAUUUAAUAAAUAUUCUAUUUCUAAUAGGGUUGGAUAGAACCUCCGAAACGCGAACGCAAAGCAAAUUAUGCGGUUGACGCAUACUUUCGGGAAGCGCUUCGUGUCUCUGAACCUAAAGCACCGAAACCACCUCGACCACCAAAGCAACCAAAUGUGCAAGAUUUCCAGUUUUUCCCCCCUAGACUUUUUGAGCUUUUAGAUAAAGAAAUAUAUGCAUUCAGGUUGGUCUAGUUUUCUUAGGUUUAAUAAUUAAUCAAAACCAUGUUUUUCUCUAUUUUUGAGCCGAAAUUACAAAAGCUUGAAUAAAAGUGUAAAUACAAACAGAAGGAAUAGUGUGUAGUUUCGAAAGAUUAUUAUGCAUCAUUUUAUGUACAUCUAAAUUUUUUUACCAAUAGUUGUACAUAGACAUGGUUGUUUAUGUCGCCAAAGAUCUUGUGGCUAAUUUCAGAAACAUUUGCAAAAUUAAUAAAUCCUCAGAUAGUAAUCGCAGCAGAGGGUGUGGGUACCAAAAAAUGAGGACAGUCUUAUUUAUCUCCUACCGAGAGAUUCACUUACGGGCCUAUAAUACUUUAAUGAUACAGCCCUGUUUGAUGAGGACGCUGACAAAUUGUCUUCUGAUAACCUCGAUCAACAAUCCAUGCAUGUCCGAGAUGCGUUUAUCCUCCUCCUCCUAAUGAGAAGUGUUUCUUAGGGACUGGUUUAUGUCACCGUCUAGAUUGACCAUAGGGAGUGAAGUAAUUGAGCACGUCGACUGUUUUAUUCACCUUGAAACUCUUAUCAACCGUGCUAGGUUGAUGCUUAACGAAAUCUCAACCCAAAUUCCGAAAGUUCACUUGACUUUUAUCAAUUUGCGUCACACGGAUAUCCGUAUCUUGACGAAGAGAGGAGUAUAUUCCGCAGUAGUUUUCUGUUCUACUGGAUGACUAUAUUACGUGAUCUUUAAGUGUAGAGUUACUAGUAUUUGAUUAUAGAUGCGUUCUUAGCGCACAUCGGAACCACUGAAAGUGAUCAGUGUUGAGGUUAGAUGUAGAGUACUAGUCAAAUGUAUUAAACAGGUUAAUAAAAUUAAGAAUCGUCAGCGAUUAAAGUGGUUUUUAAAUCUAUCUAUCUAUCUAACAAGCUCUUACCUCGACGUGCCAUGUUACCUUGAGUAGAAACAUGUUAGGAAAAACUAAAACGUGGCAUCAGUCUAUUAAGUCAGUAAAUUAGCUAAUGUUGAAAUAUAAUUGAGCUCGUUUAUAUGAUCUGACUGUUCGUUAAGUGUGUAAAAAUAUUGACUAAUUCACAUUUCCAAUGUAGUGUAGGGUUAACAGUUUUAAACGUCGAAUAUCACCUACUGGAAUGACCAAACUACUGGAUUCAUAAAAACAACUAAGGAAUGGCUUUUUAACAACUAACUAAUUGAAUCAAAAAGGUAUGUGAAAAAGAAAAUUACUUUAUAUUAAUUAUGCUUAGACAAUUCAGUAUAAAUUUGUUGGGGUAUCACUGUUCUUUAUUUCUUGUUUGGCUGUAGAAAGAGUAUUGGUUAUAAGGUUCCUCGUAACCCAGAUGCUGGGCCAGAUGGUGAGCGUGAUCGUCUGGAUGAACAAGCUAGAAUAGAUGAAGCUGAACCAUUAACUGAGGAGGAACUUGCCGAGAAGGAAGAGCUUUUAACACAAGGUUUCACAAACUGGUCGAAACGUGAUUUUCAACAGUUCAUCAAAGCCAACGAAAAACACGGUCGUGAUGAUUUAGAAGCAAUUUCAGUAGAUGUAGAAGGUAAAACUCCAGAUGAGGUUAAACGGUAUGCCCGUGUUUUUUGGACAAGAUGUAACGAGUUGCAAGAUGUCGAUAAGCAUAUGGCUCAGAUUGAGCGUGGUGAGGCGAAAAUCCAAAGAAGAGCUGCUGUAAAACGUGCUCUUGAUCUAAAGAUGGCCCGAUAUCGAGCGCCGUUUCACCAACUUCGGAUACAAUAUGGAACAAAUAAAGGGAAGAACUAUGUUGAGGAGGAAGAUCGUUUCUUAAUCUGCAUGCUUCAUAAACUUGGUUUCGAUCGUGACAAUGUAUAUGAUGACUUACGUCUUGCAGUUCGCUUGGCCCCACAGUUUCGAUUUGAUUGGUUUUUGCGAUCUCGCACAGCAAUGGUGAGUAGUGUCAAGUAAUCGCCGGUGAUUGUUUAUGCUUGGUGGAGUUUUGAAUUUAUCUAUCGACUUUUCACUUCGUAUACAGGAAACUUGCUAUAAAUAGGCAUUUCAAGAUAGUUUUACAUCAGUAUUGCAGUCGCUAUUUUCUUACUUGUUCAAGUCAGCUGUUCACUUUUCUAUUUCAGGAACUACAAAGACGUUGCAGUACUCUUAUUACUUUGAUUGAGAGAGAAAUAUGUGACUUAGAAGACCGAACAAAACAGCGUAGUGGAGCAGGCGCGAAUAAUUUACCACUCACUCCUGCAAAUUCCGGACCAUCUAACACAUCCACAGUAUCCAACCAAAAGCGGAAGUCAACUGCAGCUGGUGGGAUUAACUCGGAUUCAACUGCAGAAAUUUCCGGAAACGCAAAGAAAAAGAAGGUCACUGCUUAAAUAACAGUGAUUUGUAAAUGUCUCUGUCUUAUACUCUUGUUGUAGGCCUCUUGCAUUUGAUUUUAUGUACUCAAUUCCUUUGAUUUCAUACUGGUGUAUUGUUUACCAAAUCUUACAUAAAUAAAGAUUUGUAAUU